UUUACAAACUGAAGCAGGAGCAGCACACAUCUGCAGGAUGUGGACUCGCCCGCCGCACGAGGACUGAGGCGGCCAGCCUGGGUCUGCUGCCGUCCACAUCCACAUCGCCUUCACCUGCCAUCGCGUGCUGCUUUCUUUCUCCACUUGGGCAGAGAGAACGGCGAGCUUCCUGGUCCAGGUCCGAGACGACAACAGAGCUCAGUCAGGGUUUGGAUUCGAAGCAGCGAGUGUUUUUGUCUCGACCUCCAAAAGACUGGUUUGCUCAACGGAUCACUGGACUUGACUGUUGCCAUCACAGACUUGAAGGGGAUCUGUGAAUCGGCUCACUCUCAGACGAGGAGGACAAGGCUGGGCUUCACCUCUUGACUUCAUCACCAGACGGUGAAGCGUUUUUCUGGAUACUGCAGAGGUCACACCCGAACUUCCAGACCUGUGGUCUCAACUUCUACUCGCUUGAUGUGUCAUGUCCAGCGGUGCCUCAGGUGACCCCACUGAGGACACCCCGGUCGCCUGCUUCGACAUGGCAAGUGAGGAGCUCUUCCAUCUGCCGCUCAACGUCUACAUCAUCAUCCUCGGCAUCGGCCUCUUCAUCCUCAUGCUCAGCCUCAUCUUCUGCUGCUACCUCUUCAGACUCCGGCGUCAAGGUGCGAGAAAUCAAUACGGCUACAAUGAGGUCGUUUUGAAAGGAGCGGGGAAGAAGCUGAGUCUUCUCGGGCAAACAUGUGCAGUGUGUUUAGAGGAAUUCCGGAGCCGGGACGAGCUCGGCGUGUGUCCCUGUUCGCACGCCUUUCACAAGAAGUGUCUUCUGAAAUGGCUUGAGAUCCGAAGUGUGUGUCCGAUGUGCAACAAGCCCAUUUGUCGCAUCCAGCCCGACAACACGCAGUCACCAGAACAACCCCAGGGCCUGCUGGAGGUGUGAAGAAUGUCCAGGUCUGGCUCGACAGAUGUCGCCUCCACGGCUGGCUUCAGAAGGUGGAAGGAAGGAAAACAAGCCGAGUGUGGAACUCUUGAAAGCAGGAGACGCCUCACCUGUGGUUUUCUUCCAUGACAACGCCCACAGGUCAUGUGACGCUGAUCUGUCAUUUCUUGUAAAUGGAACUGGAACAGUUGAAUUAAACUUUAACCACCUGAGUGAGGGUGGACAGCCAUGAGCCACAAACACUGAUAAGGCGCGGAUUACUGAAGCGAAAAUUAAAGGUAUGGCUCGACAAAGUGAUAAGACCUUGUUUAACCUUGAUCAAAAGUGCCUUAAGUCAUGGUGAACACAUUUUAUGUAUCAGUGAAACGUGGUGAGAUAUAUAUAUAUAUAUAUAUAUAUAUAUAUAUAUAUAUAUAUAUAUAUAUAUAUAUAUAUAUAUAUAUAUAGUCCGCAUCCACUUGUAUUUCAGAAAGUCACUUUAACAGUAUGUAAUGUGUAGUUUUUGUUGCGUGUGGGGCAGUAGUUUCUUCAGAAGGGAAGCUCCAGAGCUGGUCCUCUCAUUGGGUGAUUUGACUGUCUGUCACACUCUCCACAGUGUAGGCAUAUUUGUGCCACAACAGAUUUUGAUGGUAGACAUGAUGUGAAGAUGUUAAGAACAGAAAUGUGAGGAAUUAAUGUCACUAAUCCCACUGUCGCCACGGCCUCUGCUAUCAUUAUCAGAAUUGAAAUGAUCCCUCUGGGGAUGAGUUGAUGUUAACCAGCUGAGACUGGGAUUGUUAUCUUGAUAACUACAGCUCCCACUUCCACAGCCCAUACAAAUGGCACUCAAUGCUGUGUCCAUGUUCCAACUGUUAAAAGUUGUCCAACUUGAAUAAAGUUUUUAUGGUUGUGAAACAUCACAGUACUGGACUUCAAAGCUUGGAUGAACUGAGUCAACCUGAGGAUGAAAUCUGGUGCACUCAAGUCAUUUUAUUUGGCUCAUACGGGCUUUAAAUAUGUAUACACAAAAGUAAAUUCUUUACCGACCUAAACGUCCUCCAAAUAUAGAUCAUCAUCUCAUUCAAGCUUUGCCCUUCAACAGGCUUUCUCUGGAAAGAAGAGACCACAAGUGUAGAUUAGAUCAGAGUCAGCUUUAUCACAUGUACACAAGUAAGGGAUCCUGCAUUUAAUCGUGAGUACAUGUCUUCAGCAGUCUGCUGGUCCUGGUUCCUAGGCUGAAGCAACGAUCAGAAGGGAAGUGUGCAAACAGUCUAGUGCAGGGUUGGGCAAACCGGUCCUCAAAGGGCCGGGCUGGUGCGGGUUUUUCUUCCGACCCAUCAAGCACACACAGUUUAGCUAAUGAAGCUUCAGCUGAAACAGUCAACACCAGACUGAUAUGCAACUGAUCCGAAGACACCUGGAAUAGCUGGAGACAGGCAGCAUCUACGCAGGCUCCUCAUGAUGUGGCAGGUCUUCAUGAGCAAGCUGGCGGCCUCAGGAGACAGGGGUGGUCCUGGACGUAUGGAUGGGGCCAUCCACGCUUCCUCUGUCUAUCAUCAUGUCAUUUAUCCUCAAAAAAAUAAAAACAAAUCUAGGUGCCCAUGAUGAAAAUCAAUGUAUG